CCAUACACCUGCCUCCAGACAAAUGCCCAGGGAAGCGCCACAUGCAGAACAUGGAUCAGGCCUUGCCCACUCCGGGAGACAGGCCGAGGGAACCAAUCAGCUACCAGGGAGGGUUCACCUGCAGGGAGAGAGAGCCUAUCGGCAGGGAGAAAUAGAGAGUCAGCUGGGAGUGAGAACCAAUCAGCUGGGAGAGAGAGUUCACUUACAGAGAGAGAGAACCAAUCAGCUUCCUAAAAGGAUCCUUCAUUUGGGAGUGGGGUCCAAGCAACAGGGAGAUCGAUCUAGCCAACAGGGGGAGAAGGCCAAUCACAUGAUCCACCAGCUAGAAGAGGCAGACUGUUAUCCAGGAGAGAUGAUCCACCAGCUAAAUAAUGCAACCAUGAUCCACCAGCUACGUGAUAAAUUCAAUCAGCAGGUAGAGAACCUUCAGCUGACAGAACAAGUCAGACAAUACAAAGAGCCAUCCAAUCAGCCAGGUGAUGGGAUCAACCAGCUGGGAGAGACAGCCAGUCAGAAUGCAAAGAGUAUCCCUCAUCAUCAUCCUCAUCAGCCCAACUGGAGAGUGUGCCGCUCUGCAGCUCACAGUCCUGAGGAGCCCUUCCUAAUCCCAGAGGCCCCACGCACACCUGCAGACCAGACCAGGGUCCUAGAGCCCACCAGAGUCCUCCCCUCUCCUAUCCACGGCCAACAGAGACAAGACCAGUGCCACUCAGACCAGUCCACUAGUGAGCAGAGCCUGUCAGAACAGGCCACAAGGGAGAAGACCCAAUCAGAACAUGCCAUGAUUGAGCAGAGCCAAUCAGAACAGGUCACAAGGGAGCAUAGCCAAUCAGAACUUGCCAUGAUUGAGCAGAGCCAAUCAGAACAGGUCACAAGGGAGCAGAGCCAAUCAGAGCACAGUGCGAUGGAACAGGUCCAAUCCCAGCAUGCUGUGAGGGUACAGAGCCAAUCAGAGCAUAGUGAUGGGGUCCAGUGCCAGAUCCUCGUGGAUGAAAGCCUGAACCAAUCAGAGCACAGUGAAAGGAACCAAUCAGAGUGUGUCAGAUGUCAGAACCCAUCAGAGUGUGUCAGAGGUCAGAGCCAAUCGGAGUUGGAGAGAGAUCAGAACCAAUCAGAGUGUGAUAGAGGUCAGAGCCAAUGGGAGAGAAGAGAGCACCUUAGAGAGACGCAGGUGAAGACUCAAUGGGAGGAGCCAGAUGCAUACGAGAGGAGAGGUGGAGACCAAGAGAGCACAGACACACACCAGGAAAGACCUCAGCAGCAGCUGGAGAGACCGCAACAGCAGCAGGAGGAGUUUAUGAUGGACAGAGUCCCAGGAGAGAGAGAAAAGGAGGAGCAGUUUACGAUGGACAGAUUCCCAGGACAGAGAGAAAGGGAGGAGAAGUUUAUGAUGGACAGAGUGUCUAGAGAGAGAGACGGGACUAAUGUCCCCCAGUCACUCAACCAGUACACAGGGGACAUGAGCCAAAGCCCCUCCCAUCCCAACUUUCAGAGCACUCAUUGGCAGAGAGAUGGGAUGUGGGUGGAGACUGGAGCCCAAGCCAUGCCUCUGGCCACUCAGAACUACCAAUCACAGGGCUUCCUCCAGGCCCCACCUCCCUGUAAGUCCCACCAUCCUGAGAAGACUCAGCCUGGAGCUCCUCCCUCCUGGCCUCAGCUCCACCAUCAGGCCACACCUACUCCUCUCACAACACCAAUCAGCAAACAGGCCACACCUACGGCUCCCACUCAUUUCACUAUACCAAUCAACAAUCAGGCCACACCCACUCCUCUCAGCACACCAAUCAGCAAUCAGGCCACACCCACUCCCCUCACUAUAUCAAUCAGCAAUCAGGCCACACCCACUCCCUUCACUAUACCAAUCAGCAAUCAGGCCACACCCACUCCUCUCACUACAACAAUUAGCAAUCAGACCACACCCACUCCUCUCCCUAUACCAAUCAGCCGACAGGGCACACCCACUCCUCUCCCUAUACCAAUCAGCCGGCAGGGCACACCCACUCCUCUCCCUAUACCAAUCAGCCAGCAGGGCAUACCCACUCCUCUCCCUAUACCAAUCAGCCAGCAGGGCACACUCACUGUCACCACAACAAUUAGCAAUCAGGCCACACCCACUCCUGUCACCACACCUCCUUACCUUAAUACAGAGGUCACACACAUUCAAACCACACCCCCUAACCAGCCCCCACCCACUCAAGUCACACCCACUUAUUCAACACCCACUAAUGCCCCCACACUCCUUCUCCUGCGGCAGGCAUCUGUGGGCUCCCGCCUGCACCACUAUCAUGAACAGUCGGACAGUGAGAGUGACGGUGAGGCUGGCCAAUGGGAUGGGACUUCCCCCAUCACGGAGGAAGAGGAGCCUCUAGCCAAUCAGAAUGCUCUGAUGGAAGAGACUGCUGGGAUGGAGCCAGUUACUCCCAAUCAGACUGCAGGGGUGCAGUCUGGUCUGUCCAAUUACAGUGUGGGGAUUGAAUCUCUUCCUUCUCAUCAGGGUACAGAGGAGGAAUCUGUUCUGCCCAAUCAGGCUGCAGGUAUGGAACAUGUUCUGUCCAACCAAAGUGUAAGGGUGGAGUCUGUACUGCCCAAUCCGAGUACUGGAGUGGAGUGUGUUCUGUCCAACCAGACUGUAGGGGUGGAGUCUGUCAGAGACAGUGGAAAUGUUGUCUCUCAGGCCAUCAAGGACAUCAGAGAGGCCAUCGAGGAGGUGAAGCAGAGGGCCGUGCGAUCCCCGUAUACCCCUGACCUCCCCUCUGAACCAGUGUGGGUGAUGAGACCCCCCUCCCCCAAAAUUGACAAAACUUCCCUCUACCACUGCAACUCCCAAUCAGACAGCAACCUGCUGUUCCACUCUCAGUCCCCCAACCAAUCAGACAAAAACUUGCUGUUCCACUGUCUGCCCCCCACCCAAUCUGAGAGCAACCUGCUGUUCCACUGUCAGCCCCCUACCCAAUCAGACAAAAACCUGCUGUUCCACUGUCAGCCCCCAACCCAAUCAGACAGCAACCUGCUGUUCGACUGUCAGUCACCCACCCAAUCAGAGAAAAACUUGCUGUACCACUGUCAGCCACCCUUCCAAUCAGACAACAACCUGUUGUUCCACUCUCAGCCACCCGCCAAAUCAGACAACAGCCUCUUGUACCACUGCAACCCCCAAUCAGAAGACAAUCUACUGUACCGCUGUCAGCCAACCACCCAAUCACACACCAGCUCCCCCUAUCACCGCCCCCCACUUUCACAUGCCGAUGCCAGCGCCCUGCUACAGUGCCUGCAGGAAGAGCACCCAAUCCCAGAAGCCUUUGCUCCGUUGGGGAAGGAGAGCUUGAACCCACGGCAGCUCUGUGAUGUGACUGACAGCUCACCAGUCCAUUAUGAAGAGGAGCCGCCCAGGAGUCUGGCCUCCUUGCCAUCAUUCGUAGACGUGCCGGGUCCGUGUGACCCAGUGGACCUGAUAGACGGGGUUCUGUUUGCUGCUGUGUAUCUGGGCUGCACCCAGCUGCUGUCUGAGCGGAACCCCAGUAAGAACUCCCGCAUGCAGCAGGCCCAAGAGGCCAUGAGCCGCGUUAGGAAUGCUCAAGGAAGAAGUAGAAAAAAGGCGGUGGCUGGUGACCCAGCAGCGAUGGUAGAAGUGGAUCUCUUCCUCUCCACUCAGAGGAUCAAAGUAUUGAACACCGAAACUCAGGGGGUCAUGUUGGACCAGCCCCUGCGCACCGUCUCCUACAUCGCAGACAUCGGGGACACAGUGGUGCUGAUGGCGCGGCGGAAGAUGAUUCGCUCCCGAAGUGCUCAGGACCAGCUAGACUCUAACCACACCCCUGACUGCAAGAGGCACUACCGGAUGAUCUGCCAUGUUUUCCAAUCAGAGGAUGCUCAGCUGAUAGCUCAGGCGAUUGGCCAGACGUUUACUGUGGCGUAUCAGGAGUUCCUGAGAGCCAAUGGCAUUGACCCCGAGGAUCUGAGUCAGCGAGAGUAUAGCGAACUGCUCAACACUCAGGACAUGUACAACGACGACCUCAUUCACUUCUCAAAGUCCGAAAACUGCAGAGACGUGUACAUUGAGAAGCAGAAGGGGGAGAUUCUGGGCGUGGUCAUCGUGGAGUCCGGAUGGGGUUCCAUCCUCCCAACGGUCAUCAUCGCUAGCAUGAUGCAGUCUGGGCCCGCGGUGCGGUCUGGACGACUCAACAUUGGAGACCAGAUUAUGAUCGUCAACGGAACCAGCCUGGUGGGGCUACCCCUCAACACCUGCCAGAGCAUCAUCAAGGGUUUGAAGAGCCAGUCCCGAGUCAAGAUGAACAUCGUCAGGUGCCCCCCCGUCACCAUGGUGCUGAUCCGAAGGCCGGACCUCCGCUAUCAGCUGGGAUUCAGCGUGCAAAACGGCAUUAUCUGCAGCCUGAUGCGAGGAGGCAUCGCCGAGAGGGGCGGUGUCCGGGUUGGACAUCGCAUCAUCGAGAUCGAUAGCCAGAGUGUGGUGGCCACACCCCACGAGAAGAUUGUUUACAUCCUGUCCAACGCUGUUGGCGAGAUCCACAUGAAGACCAUGCCUGCUGCUAUGUAUCGCCUGCUAACCGGCCAGGAGCAGCCGGUCUACAUCUAACACACCCUGAUGAUACACACACACACACACACACAGACAUUUCUUCAUCAUGAACAUCAAGGCAGGUUCCUGGUUCCUCCAUCCUCUCAGGGUUCAGCAGAAGAAGGUUCCUGGUUCUUCCAGGUUCUCCCUCAGGAUUAAACUUGAGCCUUAAUUUACAAAUUCCUCUACCAGCAGGAAGACACUCACCUGAACCUGCAGACUGACAACUCAUCAGUCUCAACUACGGAUGCCUACAGACAUUAAGCUUACUGACACACAGACAUCAGGCCUACUGACAUACAUAGACAUCAAGCCUGACAUACAUACAGACAUCAGGCCUACUGACAUACAUACAGAUAUCAGGCCUACUGACAUACAGAAAUCACAUACAUACAAACAUCAGGCCUACUGACAAACAUACCUCAGGCCUACUGACAGACAAACAGACAUCAAGCAUACUGACAUAGACAGACAGACCUCAGGCCUACUGACAUAGACAGACAGACCUCAGGCCUACUGACAGACAUCAGGCAUACGUCUGUUGGUUUUCUGGUGUUGUGGGUUGUGGAAUGCUGACUGUAGAUGGUGACAUCAACAUAAUCAUUAUUGUAGUUGAAAAGUAAAAG